GAAAGUCGAGCGCGCUCCUCGUGGCCACUGUCUACAUUCUCGGCUUUCUCAGCUUUCUCGGCUUUCUCGGCUUUUUUGAAAUGCUGUUGUGGUAGUUUGGACUUUUGUGCGGCAUCGGACGCCUCUGCUAUCACAGCCAUUCAGUCGAGUGCGUGGUCGUGAGCGAAUCGGUCGAGGAAGUGCUGCUGGUCACAUAUAGUCCCAUUCGCAUCCGCAUCCGUGUCCGUAUCCGAAUCGGAGUCUCAAUCCGAAUCCAAAUCCGAGUUGGGAAAAAUAGCUGCUGGCAAGCGAGUAGCAAGCAAACAAACAAACAAAUAGCCGAAAAUGUGCGUACUUUGAAAUGGAAUGUGAAAUCAAUGAUAAAUCCUCGAACGCGCCGUAAAAUCACCUCCAUCAUCUAUCGUCGCAGCGAUCAACGUUUUUUUUUAAAGGUGUUACCCACAUAUAUGUACAUAUAUAUAUCUAUACAUAUAUCUGCAUAUAUGUAUCAAUUUUUUUUUUGUACAAGUUUCGUGCCUGCAGAGUGCCAUGCAUCCGUGGUGCGUAAAGUUCCUUGAGCAAGCGGUCAGUAAUAGUGUAAAUAGCUAACCGAUGGUGCAACCAGUACUUAUUGUGGUACGAGUUCCAUUGCUAUACUCCAUUUCCCCCACUUUGCAUCCAAUUUAGAGCACCAAUCACUCGCCCUAGUGUUUUCGAAGCAAACUUUACUGGUCACGAGUGCUAUGGGAAAAUCAAAGCAAAGCAAACAAAACCAAAAAAAUUAGUCUCAAUGGAGCUAGACAAUUCAUUCGUAUCUAUGCAAAUAUUAUGACUGCCUGUCGAAAAUGGAUCGGCCUGUAAGAGUUUCACGAUACUGUUGCAAUUAAGAAAAGCUAAUACAAUCAAAGUUAAGGAAUAUUAGAGUGCAGCCAAGUGUAAGGCGAUACAACAUGAGAAGUCAAUCAAAAUCAGAAAGCUAACGAAAAGCGUAGGAUUAGAAGAAAGUCAAUGGAUGCAAAAAGUGGCUCGAAUGCGCACGAUCAGUAGGCCAGAAUCCAAAAUUUGAUUAUCGACAACACCAACCAAAAACACCAAAACACACCGGACGGACACCACAACAAAUCACAAUGCAAAACUAUGGAAGUGAACUUAAAGGAGGCUGAGUCCCACUAACUACCUUCUGCGCCCACACAUCUAAAUCUAGAUUAUAGGAUUAUCGAGCUGCAGGAUAAUCGGGCUCAAUCGAGUUAUGAAGAAGCCAUCGCAUACUCGGCUGGACAAUCCACUCCGCCCUGGUCAGGAGCGAUCGAGAACCAUGAGCUUCCCACAGCCGCACUCAUUGCCGGAAGCCACUGCGAACGGUGGCAAGAUGCUGGUCUAUGGCCUGGGCCUUUUGAUUAUGAUACCGGCUUGUACGGCUGGUCCCCAUGAGAAGCGGUUGCUCCACGCCCUUCUGGACAACUACAACAGCUUGGAGCGUCCGGUGGUCAACGAAUCCGAUCCAUUGCAACUGAGCUUCGGACUAACACUCAUGCAGAUCAUCGAUGUGGACGAAAAGAAUCAACUGCUUAUAACAAAUAUUUGGCUCAAAUUGGAAUGGAACGAUAUGAAUCUUCGCUGGAAUUCGAGUGAGUUUGGAGGAGUGCGGGAUCUGCGGAUUCCGCCACAUCGCCUUUGGAAACCGGAUGUUCUGAUGUACAACAGUGCGGACGAGGGCUUCGAUGGAACGUACGCCACAAACGUGGUGGUGCGCAAUAACGGGAGCUGCCUGUACGUCCCGCCAGGUAUAUUCAAGUCAACGUGUAAGAUCGACAUUACGUGGUUUCCAUUCGACGAUCAGCGAUGUGAGAUGAAGUUCGGUUCGUGGACCUACGAUGGGUUUCAGUUGGACCUGCAAUUGCAGGACGAAGCUGGUGGCGACAUUUCUAGCUUCAUCACCAAUGGCGAAUGGGACUUGUUAGGUGUGCCCGGUAAACGAAAUGAAAUCUACUAUAAUUGCUGCCCAGAACCUUAUAUUGACAUAACAUUCGCCAUUUUGAUAAGACGCAAAACAUUGUACUAUUUUUUCAAUCUGAUUGUGCCGUGCGUACUGAUCGCCUCCAUGGCACUGCUAGGGUUUACACUGCCACCAGAUUCUGGUGAAAAGCUUUCGCUUGACAUGCUAAUGCAUCUGGAGUAUCUAUUGGAAUUUAAUGUAGAUCUUUUGCAUGCGACUCUGCAACUCAUUCUAGCCACCAAUUGCUCAAAACAAUUCUUCCCAGUGUUCCCCAUCUUAGAUUAUUUCUUCAUGCUAAUGCAGCACCACUUAAGCCAGUGUGAAUAGCCUUUUCAUUUGCUGCACUCGGUAUUCGUUCUAAUGAAAUUCGUGGCAAUAUGUGUGACAGAAGUAGGGAAACGCAGCAGUGCGGCAGCACACGUAGUGACGAAGCGCACCGCAGAGUCAUAAACCUGCUGCUUGAUAUUUUUCCUGAAUCUUUAUCUUCUGGAUAGAAAACCGUUUCCUCUGUCAAAUAAUAAACAAAUUAUUUCUAUAAAAACAAAGAUAACCAAUUAGUUAUGCGAAAAUAUAUCUAUCAAGUCUUUUAAGUUGUUAUCAGAUAAUCAAUGGAAAACUAUAUUAGAAAUACACACUAAAAACAUUUUUGUCUGCUCUUCAAGCCUGAAGUUCUGAAAAUCACUAUCCCUUAACUAGGGAGAUCUUCACCUGUAGUAACUCUGUACUUGUAUCUUGGAUAUCAGCGAAUGCAACCAAGGACAUGAAUUGUUACACAUAUUUCCACGAAUAUUGUGCACACGUGUACUGAGUAUCGGACGGGAGCUAGAAACCUGAUUGAUGUAUUGAUGAACUGAAAGCUUGUUAAAUUUUGAUCGCUAAGUGGGGGUGAGGUUCAGUGCAGAAAAUACGGUAGUAGUUUUUUAUUGAAGGCAACGAAAGAAAGGUCAUAAUAAUGGAAAUGGCGACCAUCCAAUAAACCUGGCCAAGACAUUGGACAUGCAAAGCGGCAGUCGCAAAUUCAGGAUCAUGAGGAGCGGAAUCAGGAUCAGCAGGAUCACUGGUUAUUACAAUAAAAUAUUUUGUUAACGUAAUCGUACUAGUGCACGCAUUUAAUGUGUAAUAAUCGUGGCAGCGCAUUCAAUUAGCAAUGCAUUGACUAACAAAUGAACUUUCAUCUAAUUCCAUGCCGCCUUCAAUCCGUUCGAUUGUCCUGACCAAUUCAACUGAACGCUGCAUCUGUGUGAAUCGCAACAACACA